CGUUGUGUGAUUUUCAAUGAAACAUUUUACUAAUAAAUUGGCUAAUUUUUCUUCUCUAAUCCUCACUCACAAACACUGAUGAAGUUGACUGAAUACCAUGCACGCAUAUAAUUAUGAGUCAUUUUCACUUAUUUGUGCAAAUCAUCUUUUUUAAAGGGGAAAAAAAAAAAAAUGCAGUGCACCUUUUUCACGCACUCCCCCGUAUUAUUCCCUCCUUUCGAUGCAUCACACUCCAGUCCAGCGGGUGGCGCUAAAACACAAACGUUUGUUUGACAAACACCAUUAAACCUCAGAGGAAGAAGAUUAGUUUCACCUCGCUGUCUGUUGUUUUGUUAUGAUGCUUAUUUAAUACAAAUUGUUAGAAAUGAUGUUAGAUUUUUUUCCUCUAAAUAAAAAAAAUCAGAUCAAUAAACACCUGUAAUAUUUUCAUCCUCACAGUCGUGACUAAGUUUUCAAGCAAGCAGGAAUAUCUAUAAAAGUAUCAGCUGAACUGAGAUCUGCUGCUGUGAAGAUGGUGUUUGUUAAAGAGGAGAGUGAGGAGGACAUGAGUGAACCAGAACCCUGGAGAAUAAAACAGGAGGAACCAGAACCUUUAUGUAUAAAACAAGAGGAACCAGAAACCUGGACAAUAAAACAUGAGGAACAAGGCGAGUUUAUAGAAGAAAGUGAGGAGAACGAAAAAUUGAGUGAAGCUGAAGAGAAAAAUCAUGUCAAAACUGGAGAAAAACCUUUGAGUUGCUCUCAAACCAAACAGAAAGAUUUAAAGAAAAGACCCAAUAAAUCUUUCACCUGCACUCAGUGUGGAAAGAGUUUCACACGCAAAUAUAGUCUUAAGGAUCACAUGAAAGUUCAUACUGGAGAGAAGCCAUUCACUUGUAAUGAAUGUGGGAAGAGCUUCACAAAAUCAGCAAACCUUAAGGAGCACAUGAACAUCCACACUAGAGAGAAACUGUACUCUUGUGAUCAAUGCGGCAAAACAUUUUUGAGAGCACCAGACCUAAAGAAGCACCUGAGAGUUCAUACAAAGGAGAAGCCACAUUCAUGUAAUGUGUGUGGAAAGAGUUUUUCACGUCUAGAACAUUUGAAAGGACAUCAGAAAAUACAUACUGGUGUGAGAGAGUACAUUUGCAUUGAGUGUGGGAGGACUUUUAACUCUGCAGGGUGUUUAAAACGGCACCAGAGGAUUCACACUGGAGAGAAACCUUACAGGUGUUCACACUGUGACAAGAGAUUCAGUCGGUCGGGAAACCUGAAAAGACAUGAGAGAAAUUACACUAGAGAAAAAGAACAUACAAGUGUUCACACUGUGACAAGAGAUUAAGUCGGUCAACACAUUUGACAUGUAUUGUUUGUAGUUUGCUUACUCUUUCAUGAAGGACAGUAGCUUUUUACAUCUCUCUUCCACUUUAAGUCUGUGAGAUUAAUCAAAUUUUAUUUUGAGUUUGGCUUCCAAAACAAGAUGUUUGACGUAAAGCAAUUAUUGUGCUGCAUUUCAUUUUGCAAACCUUUCAUUCCUUCACAGUGCUUUUAUUCUUCCAUAAAAGCCCAAACUUAAUAUCCACAUCAGCUAAAUCAGUGACUGUUGUAAAAAGCUGUCAGCUGUUUGAUGAACAGUGAACCUGUAAACCUUGCAUAGUGUCAUCAAAAAUUCAUAAAUUAUGGUAAAUGUGAUGUACGUUACCAGUCUCAUACAUAUUUGUAUUUGUUAUUGCCAGCCUCAGCGAUAAGAGGGUGCACAUUCUGAGCUUUUACUAUAUACUUUAUUCACCAUUUUAGUAAAGUUCAAUGAUGUUUUUUUUUUUUUUCCCUCAUGCUGCUAAAACACUACACUGAGCAGUUUCAGGAUCCACUAAAUCUUUCCGUUAGUCUCUCCUGAAAUUGAAAUGACUGACAGUAAUAAACAGGCACAAAUAAUAAUAAUAAUAAUAAUAAUAAUAAUAAUAAUAAUAAUAAUAAUAAAUGUGUUUUUGUUGUUGUUUUUUUUUUGUUUGUUUGUUUUUUUUUACUGACUUUUCUACUGUUAUGUUUAGAGCAAUAAUUGCUUAAUUAAAAUACAUUUGAUGUUUUAAUAUAAUGUUAUUCUAAAUAAAAGUUGUGUAUCAUACUGAAAAUAAAACAGUUGGGUUUUUAGUGUUGUGAAGGGCCCACCCCUUGUUUUUCACCAGAGCCCAACAUUUGGUUCUACGCUCCUGCUAAACAGUAAAGGAUUUAAUAUGCAUUAUUAAAAAAAGUAUAUAUAGUGAAGACUAUGCAUUUUUAUUUUACAUUUCAAUAGUUUAUUCAAUUUCUUUUGUAGGCUGUUAUUUACCUGAAUACUACUGUUAGUCAGACUAGUAUAGCCUACUUUUGCUUUAGUAUGAAAAUCAUAUAUAAACUUUGUGUUUAAAUCUUAAACCAUACAAAAAUUCCUGUGUACAUAUGGGUGAAGUUGCAAAUAGAUGUUUUAUAUUCUUUUGAUUUUAUAUUAUAUAUUCAUUUCAGAAUAUAAAAUAAAUACAAAAUAAAUAAAUAAAUAAAAAAGAUAAGAAGUUUAAAUAAAAAUAAAAGUUUACCGGAUCGAUAAGAAGUGUUGUAAGAGUAAUAAUACCAUUAAAACCCUAACAAUACCCAUCUCUAAUUGUAAGUCAGUAGAAGGGAGAGAUUAAUCUCAUUACUUUUGACUUUUACUCAGCUAAUUUUUCUGUUUGCUUAAAAUAUAGUUAUUGAUGAAA